UGUAUUGUUUCCAUUCCUCCUUUAAAUCAGGAAAACUUCAGUUACCUUUCCCAUGGCUUGAACUCGCAUCUUGACUGAGCUAAACUGAUUAUAAGCUUCUUUUUUUGUUGUUUUUUAACCUUCCUGCUGUGAUGACACGCUGCUGUGAUAGUGGCGAGAACAGCGUAGCAAACCCAGACAGAAACCAGAAGAUGAGAAAGAAAAGAGGGAAACGUGUGUCAUUCCCUCCUGAUGAACAGAUAGUGUCCGGCUUUGCUGAGCACGCAGACAGAACAGAUGACAGCUGUAUCACCAUAACGGAUAUAAUUGCAGCCUAUCAGCAGAGUUGCAGCAAUCACCAGGUCCAACCCAGAGAAAACAUCCUGCGGCAGCUCCAGCAGGGUAUGUGUGGAGGAGGCAGCGCUGAAUGUCUGGAUCUCAAAGGUGAGCGAUUAGACCACCGCUCCUGUGAAGCUUUGGAAGUCGUCCUGAAAUCGCUGCACUUUGAUUUCAUCAAUCUGCAGGCAGCGCAACUGGAGGAAAAUGGAGCAUCGUCCUUGCUGGAUAUGAUUUUGUACUAUGAAUCCACAACAUAUCUUGACAUUUCUGACAACAGCAGUAUGGGAACAUCAUCUUGGAGGGCCCUCGCUCAUUUGAUAAAGCAGAGCACGUGUCUGUCCAGACUGGAUGUUUGUAACGUGUCCCUGGUUGAGUAUCCGGUCCAGUCUUUAUCCAAAGCUCUGCUGACCAGCCGGCUCCGGGUGCUCCGCCUAGACAACGCCCAGCUCAGCGGUGCGUCACUGUUCACGCUGGUUCGUGCCUUGAAGACAAACAGAGGUUUACAAGAGCUCCAUCUUUCCAGCAACCAGUUGAACAGCUACCAGGAUGCCAUGCAGCUGGGAGAUCUGCUGAGAUACAACAACACAUUGCAGAUGCUGGAGCUCAGUAACAACACUUUAGCGGAUGCAGGGUUGGAGGAGCUGUGUGAUGGUCUAUCGAGGCAAACGGACGGUCUAAAGGUCCUAAUCCUCAAGAACAACCAGAUCACUGAGAGAGGCAUGAACCACCUGGCCAAGACUCUGCCAGGUCUGAAGACACUGGAGGUCCUGGAUAUAGGGGAGAAUCACCUGGGGAAUGAGGGCAUCCAGGCGAUCAGGGAGUCGCUGAUGGUGAACAGUUCAGUGCUGCAUCUGGGCCUUGCUCAAACCAACAUGACCUGUGAAGGUGCUGUGGCGUUGGCUGAGUUCCUUGCUGAAAGUCGUUUCAUUCAGAGGCUGGACCUCCAUCAGAACCGAGUGAAGGUCGGAGGCCUGAUGGCCCUCAGUCUGGCCCUGAGGAUCAACUCCUCUCUGGCUCAUCUGGAUGUGGACCCUGUACCUCCACAAGAGCUGGAUGAGUUUCUGAUAGAGACUCACGAGAGGCUUCAGGCAGAGAUCACCCAGCGCUGCAAGUCCAACGCCAGCCGUCUCCAAAGAGAACCUUCUGAGAGCUGAACAGGAGUGAUGGUCUCAUCAGAAAUGACAAGUCAGGAGAUUUUCCUCCAAUAUAAAAUGUGACUCAAGCACAUAUGUGAAUAAUAACUCAGCUGAAAAUAAUGAUAACCAUAAAAUUUUUGAUCUGGAUAAUAAAGAUGGAGCAGAGCUCCCUUAUGAAACGUCGGCCUCCUUGCUGAUCUCAUUCUAAUGUUACCACCGAGGCAUUCAACACAAUCCUCCCUUCUGCUUACAAAUUCCUGUUUUAUGUUAUCCUCCCCUCAUGCUCACAGUGAAGCAUUCUGGUUCAGAAAAAUUUACCCAGAAAUAAGGUCAAUUGAGUCAAACCGUGGCACUCCUAAAGGUCGGCAUGAAAGGUCCGAUGCUGCUUCCACAGAGUUCGGUCUUAAAAGUAAAAAUCGGUGCUCAGUGGGAAGUGCAACCUAUUCCUCAGACAGGUCACGUCGGCCUUUACUGAAAGGUAGUGGAUGGUAACUGUGAGCUAUAAUCCAGCUGCUGUUUAUGGGCUUCAAAACAAAGACAAGUGACUUUAGACCAAACAGUUGUGCAAAAGCUCAAAGACUUGUUGAAACCAUUGAGCUAUUUUUCCUCAUGGUGAUUCCACAAAUUAAAGUGAAGCUACAAAAAAAAAUUGUGAUUUGUAAUAGGAUAUGGAGGUACGGGAAUCGUUACAAACUGGCCACAUGGGUGCCAAAGUUUAAACGAAAAACUAAGAAAAUGAAAAGUAAAAUCCAUCAGUCAGAUGCAUUUUCCAUCGCUUUCUGCAUGUCCAGUUGAUGGGAAGCAGGCGACCCCUAGUGUUGUGGAGUGUUAGCGCUGUAAGAAAAUAUAUUUGUUCACCACAGCUGGCUAUGAAGACUGGAGUUGGUCCCUUACACGAAGGUUUACUACUGGGGAUAAAUUAAAGUUGAUUUACAGUGCUUGUAAUUAAUCUGAAAUGCUUGAUCUUGUUUGGUCUUCAAGUAAAGUUUUCCUAGACUGAAGAGAGAUGAAAUACAGACUGAGAUUUACAAAACCUUUCUCUUAUUUGUAAAAACUAAAUUGUACUUUUUUGUUUUCUUGUGAACAGAACUGUCUUUGCUUGAAGAUGUAAAGAUGAAACUAUAUAGAGACUGACAAAAGUGGACUGAACUAUUUUACUCAAAUUAAAGAUUGUCUUAGAAUAAUUCAGAUUUAUUAAACCUCUACUACAA